CCCAAAUUGUCUUGUGUGCUGGCAGCCCAAUUACGCCGACGCUACAUUUCAUUCGCCGAACAAGGACUGCGGCCUGGGCGCCUCGAGCAAGCGCUGUGAAAUCAGAAAGCCGCGAACUACACAUCUUUUUCGUUAAAUUACUUCGUUUCUCCGUUACUGAGAAUAGCAGAUGAGGGCGUGGACGCGACCAACUCUUGCGCCACAGCGUCGACCUAGGGCUCCAGUUCGCUUGGAGCCGUCGUCGCGGGCGUCAGCAAGCACGUUGACCGUCGCCCAGAGUGCCACCCGCACGCACUACCAGGUGCUGGGUGUUCACGAAGGCGCUAGCGAGGAUGACAUCAAGAGGACUUUCCGCCGACUGGCGAAGAGCCUGCACCCGGACCAUAACAAGUCAUAUGGCGCGCACGAGAAAUUCCAAGAGCUGAAGGCGGCCUAUGACACGCUCGCUGAUGCGGCGGCCCGCGCCUCGUACGACCGAGAGCUGAAGGCGCAGGCAAUGGCGGCCGCAGCGGCCGCGUCCCAAGCGGCGGCGGGUGGGCGGCGCGCGGGCACGGUCGGCUUACGACGCAGCACCAGCAAGCCCGGCGCGACGACGACUCGGCGCGCUGUGUCCGGCGGCGGCAGCAGCGGGCUCAACAGCAGCGGUGGCGGCACGCCCGGCUACCAGAGCAUCUUUGACUACCAGCCGCAGCCGCAGUCGUCACAGUAUUCCCAACCGCAGCAGCCGGCGCCGUCAGGCCGCAGCGGCAGCGGUGGCGGCGUGGCGGGCCGCGGCUCCCCGACCUCCAGCAGCGGCGCGGGCUACAAGAGCGUCUUUAAUUCGGCAACAGUGCAGCAGCAGGCGGCGGAGGUGGCGCAGCGGAUGGCGGCGGCCGCCGCCGCUGAAGCCGCGCGGUACGCGCAACGCGCAGCUUCCAAUGGCAGCUCCUCUGCCUACAACAGCAUCUUCGGGGGAGGCCCGCAACAGCAACAGCAGCAGCAGCAGGCCGCCGCCGCCAGCGUUGAUGGCAAGUGUAUCUUCAACGGCAACGGCAUCUCACCGAACAUCAGCUCUCAGCCGGUGGCUGCUGCGCCUGCUACUGCGCCUGCCACUGCGCCUGCUAAUGCGCCUGCCACUGCGCCUGCUAAUGCGCCUGCUAAUGCCGGCCCCAUCGGCGGGAGCGCCACCAGCAAUGGCAGCAGCACCCCUGCUGUACCCACCGCGCAAGCAAGGAGCGGCGCAGAGCGGAGCCCUAGCAGCGCAAGUGCUGCUGCUGCCACUGCCACGGCCACGGCCACGGCCACGGCCACGGCCACUGCCGCUGUCGCUGCCGCUGCCGCUGCCGCUGCCACUGCCACUGCCGGCCCAGCUGCGGCCUAUGCGUCAGCCGCAGCGGCACCCGCGGCGGCCACGGCGCCUGCUGCGGCGCCUCCACCUCCACCUCCAUCUCCUGCAGCCGCCGCGAUCUGGCCGCCGCCGCCGCCAGGCGCGUCGCCCUUCCCUCGCAGCGGCAGCGUUGGCGGCAGCCCCAGCAGCAGCACCAACAGCACCAACAGCAUCAGCGCCCCCAGCAGCGCGGGGGCUGCCAGGCCUGCCGGAACCGUCGGCGUCGGCGGCCCCGCCGGCCCGGGCGCGACCAUGGCGGAGGUGGCGGCGCGCCUGGCCUCGUUGGCUAGCUCGCCGGCUCGCAGUUUCAAUGGCGGCAACAGUCCCGCCCGUGGUUACGCAAGCAUAUUUGGAGGUGGCGGCGCCCGCGCCGGCUCCGCCGGUGCCGGCGCCCCGGCGGCUGCCUCCGCAGCCACGCCGCGGCCGCCGCCCACGCCAAGCAGCUCGCCCAGCCGCUCCGCCAGCAGCGGCGGCAGCGGCGCCUUGAGCGGCAUGUACAACAGCAUCUUUGGGGGUGCGGCGCCGCGAGCUGCUGCGGCCGCGGCGGCAGCGCCGCCACCAGCGGCGGCAGGCCCGUCAGCGGCGCCUACGCCCGAGGUGACGGUGGCGGUCUGGCCGCCGCCGCCGCAGGUGCCUCACUCCUCGCCUUAUGCGCAGUCGGUGCCGGCGGCUGCACCGGUUGCGGGGCCGUCGCAGCAGCCCCAGUCCGCGUCUGCGCCGGCGGCGCAGCAGCAGACGUGGCCACAGGCCGCUCCGGCGCAGCCGUGGGGCGCGUCGCCGCCCCGCGCUGCAGCUGCGGCAGCACCUACCCACCCGCCCGCACCCACGCAGCCUCCUGCGCCUGCGCCGACGCUGACACCGCGUGCGACGCCGGCGCCGUUCCAGAUUAAUAUGUCUAGCGCCGCAGCUAGCCCAGCCGCUGCAGCGCCGUCGGCGCCGGCGCCGCCGGCUUCAGCAGUCACAGCGGCACCGGCAUCUGCGCUGUCGCCGACGCUAGCCCCAGCACCGUCGACGCAGGCUUCAGCCGCGCAGGCGGAGACGGAGGCGGCGGAGGCGCUCCAGGCCGCAAUGGCGGCGGCAGCUGAGGCCAAGCGUGCGGCGGCCGCGGCGGAGGCCAUGGCGGCGCAGGCAGCGGCGGUGGCGGCACAGGCGCGCGCGGCGGCGAUUGCCGCUGAGGCGCGGCUGAGUGCGGUCAUAGACGCGGCAGUGCCUGCAGCCCCCACCAAUCUUGCUGAGACCGAGGCGGCCGAAGCGGCGGCGGCGCUGGCUGCGGCGGCGCCGUGGCCAGGGUCGGUUGCGCCGCAGUAUGAGGAGACCGGUGCGCCGGCGGUUGGGCAGUCGCCGUUGUCGGUUGAUCUGAAUCCAAAGCUUGGCCAGCAGGACGGGCGUGCGGCGGUGGGCGGCGGCGCUGCCGCCACUAGCGGUGCUGGUCAGGGCGGCAUCGCUCGCAGCGGCAGCCCCAGGCUGGGGCAGGUGCAGGCGGAGAAUGCGGUGCAGUGGAUGAAAAAGGUGGGGGCGUUCUUUUCGCCUUGAGCCGGACCUCUGCGUCAGGGAGCUAGGAGCCCCGCAUUGAGGCGCUCCAAGAAGAGCACGGGAGAGUGCGAGGCUGACGCUGCAUCUUGCAGGUCUGGUGCACAGGUGCCAUCAGACAACUGAAUCGACGUGAUUGUGAUAGACCGAAGACGAAUACACUAACACCUGAUAUGACGAUACAAGUGGCGCUAUAGAAACUGCCAGCCACGGCAUGCAAAUAAGAAUUUCAUCAGCAUCGUCGCAAGCGUAUGUGCGUGUGCAUGCUCGAGUCGUUUCUUGACAGGUCGACUGUUGCUUUACGUGUGAAGUGAACUUCGACGCGGGUGACGUACAUGUGCGCACACAACUGUGACUAUGGCACGUUACGGCCAGCGGUACGUUACGGCCAACUGUGGAACAUGUCCAACGAGUCAUUCUGGAAAUCAUGGGCCGUGGGGUGCUGCUGUCGAGGGCGCAAAGUGCGGGUGAAGGUCGUGAAAGCGUGGGGUCGGUUUUGGCAGUGGUUUCGUGUCGCACUUGCAGUUCAUUACUGCGCAGGAGGGGUGCGUUGUGGUGCGGCGGGCUAUUCGACUCGCUCGGAAAUUGGUGAAUGGUCGGGAUGAGGGUGCGGCAGAGGCAGGGGUGGCAGAGCUAUGCAAGCUGUGUGGCGUGCGCGCUCUUAAAAGAGGUGGGGAGCGUGGGCUGCGGGGCCUCUGGCCAAGCGGGUCGAGUGGGCAAGCGGUAAACGCUGGGCGGUUUGGUGCAGUUUGGUGUCGGCGAGUGACGCAAGCACAGUGCGGUGCCUGACAAGACUGCGGCACUGGAUGGUGUGCGGGCGAAUUGUACAAAUAGCGACAGCAGCAGGAGCGAAUUUUUCAAGCAACCUAUUUAAUAAGGCAUACUGGUCGCACAUAGGUCCUGCGCCGUGGCGGUGGCGAUGGUGGCGGCGGCGGCGCAGGACGUAGCGGCGGCGGCGGCGGUGCAGGAUCUGGCGGCGGCGGUGGUGCAGGACCUGGCGGUGGCGCAGGGCCUGGGCCCAGCAGUGGUGGCGUGCAUGCGCGUAGCAGAGGGGCAGGCAAGGCCGCGUGGGCGAGGAGAGCGCGGCGUCACCCUGGUAGCGACGCCGGCGCGCAGGUUGAGACCUGCCGAUGUCUGGUUUGCGGUCUUUGCUGGCGAGCAUAGCAUGGCACAGUGUGUGGGGGGGUGCGGUACCUUGUCAGUCGAGUGACUGCCGCUGUUUGGCUGUGUGGUGACUCUGACGCUCAGGUCACGACAACGCCGGGUCAGGGGCAGGUCGGAUUCGUGGCGUAGGACGUGGUGACAGGCCGAAAUUACUGCUGUUUGGUUUGUUGCCUGCUGUGCUUUUGCUUGACAGCGGGACGCGGCUGGAGGCAAGGCGGGCGGUGCCCGUACAAACCGACCACAAAGGAGAAAGGUGACGGGGUCGGGGUCGGGGAGAUGAGGUCUAAAACAUUCUGAGACAGACAGUCUGAGACAUUGCACCAACACGCGUCGCAUAUCUACACCCCACCCUCGCCAGCGGACUGUCACAGCCCAGCCGACAGCCAUGUUUCUUGCCAAGCAGCUUACGGCGCGACGCGUUGGCGUGCUGUGUACGUGGCGCAUGUGGGCGCUUGCUUGUGUGCGUGCUGAUAGUUGGGCUGCGGAGCCGGCGCCUGUGGUGUGGCUACAGGCAUUCUCCAUGAUUGCUGUGCAGCAGUGCAGCUUGACCGGCCUGGUGUUCCCCGGAUGACCACCAUGCAAGACAUUGUGCAUCAUACAGCGCCCUGUAAUGUGUUUACGGUAACCCAAGGUUGUGCGGCUCUGCGAGGAUGGGUGCGCUCACAUGGCCUGAGUCAU